CUUUGUUGACUUGACGCUGUGUAAUAAUAGCAUCCGAUAUCGGAAAAAUAUUUAGAUCAGGACGAUCAAGAUGCCGUCAAGAGCAGAAGAUAUCAUGAAAGGCUUCAAGUUAAACUGGAUGAAUCUGCGGGAUGCUGACAGUGGAAAAGUGCUCUGGCAGUCCAGUGAUGACCUGUCAAAUCCACAGACAGAACAUGAAGCACGAGUCCCCAAGAAGAUAUUAAAGUGCAGAGCUGUGUCAAGGGAGAUCAACUUCUCAUCAAAGGAAUCAAUGGAAAAAUUUAGACUGGAACAGAAAGUGUUGUUCAAAGGAAAGUGUUUAGAAGAGUGGUAUUUUGAGUUCGGCUUCGUUAUACCAGGAUCCACAAACACAUGGCAAUCUGUGAUUGAGGCUGCACCAGAAAGUCAAAUGAUGCCAGCAAAUGUACUUAAUGGCAAUGUUGUGAUUGAGACCAGGUUUUAUGAUGGGGAUCUGCUAGUGAGCACGUCCAAAGUGAGGAUAUUCUAUGUCUAACCUAGGACUGGAUCUCCUUUCAUUUGUCAGACUUUGUUACUGUGCAGGGGGCAUGACAUUUCAUACAUUUCAGUUUCAUUCUCAUUUUUGUUUUUGUGCUCUUGGAGAUGUUUUUUUCUUUCAUUUGUAUUAUGAUAUUUGAUUUUGUAGAAAUGGCAUUAUUUCUUCUGAAGUGUAAAAACAUUGAAAACAACAUUUUUAAAUGUGUUGCACAAAAGUAAGCUGUAAGUCUGAAACAUCUUCAGAAUUGUCUACAGUAAACUUUUAAUCUGAGGCCAUCAUUGGUUAGUUGGUUCUCCAUGCAAACUCUCUUCUAUAAAUGCAUGCAGAACACUUAAUUAUGCUGGCCUGAUCAGUUGGGAUUAACCUGACAACAGAUAUACUGCUAAUUUCUCAGCUCAUAGCUCAUAAGAAAGGAGAGAAUCAUUUUAAUUUCACAGUCAUUGGUAAAGCCUCUAAACCUGCUUUGUACUUCACCAGAAAACAUUCCACCAGAGAAGUAUAAAUAAAGUAUGUCCUUUUUUAAUUUGGGAGAUGUUCAGCUACCAUCUUGGUAAGAAGAAAGAGGUAAUUGUUUUGAUAGACCUGUGAUAGAAUGCCAGUAGUGCUGCCAGGUAAUCAGGAAACCCGAGUUUAAUGCACAGGAGUAUCUGUAAAUGUUAAAACCUGGUGUCUAGGUUGUGUGGGGUCAAAGCCUACUGAUGUGGUCUCCACUUACCAGUCAUGUUGAAUUGUGCAAGGUGGGUCUGAAUGUAGACAUAGUUGUGAGGGCUAUUUUCUGAAGGUCAACCAUGUAAAAAUCGUAACAUUGUCAAAGAUUAUAACACAUACAAGCACCUUUUGAUACAAGCUAAGGCCCAAUAGGCUGAAUUCUACAAUGUUUACAAUAUUGUUAUACUGCUUAGUUUUUUAGAGAGUUUUUAGAUGGUGUCCUAUGGCCAUUCAUGUCAAUGGGGUUCAUAUAGGUAGUUACAUUAAAUAUGCUGCCCACAGUAUACCUAGUUGACUUACUAUUGGUGAGUGGUAAGCAGUAGUCCUUGGUAUAAAAAUUACACAGAAAAAAACCAAUGUCUCACAUAGCAUACUCACAUUAUUGUCCAUAGAUUCAGGUCAGUUGACCCAUGUAACAUUAUUUAUCUGUACCAUGCUUAAAACACUUAUUUUUUUAGUUUUGCAGUAAUUCAACAACGAUAUUAACUUUGCUCUAUAGAGGCCUUCAGUAAAGUGUGCUGCUGUCUUAUGUCUAAAAAGGUAAAAUAUUAAGUCAACAUUAAACUUAGCUGCUGGCCCCAUUUUUGCACAGUUUACUUUCAUACCUAAUUAAAUCAAGAAACUAAUUUUUGAGACAUUGAUGUGAAGGCUGCCUGCAUUUCAUUGUAAUAAGAGUUCAUAAUGUCUCUGGUGGAAAUUGUACUUGCAAAUUGUGUACUUUUUGCAGGAACAUCACUGUACAUGUUUCGUGGGAUAGGCUUGAAUGUCCAUAUUGGUUUCUGUGAAGCCCUGUAGUUGGUUUGUAUGGAUAAAUACACCUUGAUCUUCAUAAUAACAUAAUUGCUUACAUGUUUGCAGAAUAUAUCAGAGAUUGUCCUUUUGUAUUUUAGAGGUUGAUGAAUUAAAGUAAAGCUAUGUAUACAAACGUUUUUGAUAAGUAAAUGAAAUAAGUUUGUAUGUUAGGACCUCCUAUUGAUCAUGCCAGUGAGUUCAUGUGCUGCUAUCUUAACACAUAGUAUAGAGUAUAGUAUCUAUAACCUAACAGUUAAAUUCUUACAUCAGUGGAGAGCUUUUUAUUCAUUGGAAUUAUUCAUUAAAGAACGUUUCUCUGGAAAACUCUUUCAAAAUAUCCAUUUAGCGUAAGUGUCUGUAUGCCCCAAACUGUCAUUGCAAAGAGUUGAGUCUUGCAAGUUUCUGUAUAUAUCAGUGUUUGAAAACACUGUCUGAUAGAGAAUCACACAGAUGCCGUGUUUUCUAGCUGGAAUAGUUUGUCUUAUGAAUAUAGUUACUGGGAAGUUUCUUCAUUGUAAAUAUUGUGAUAAUUUUACUUCACUUGUGGUUUUACAAUAUUGAUCACAUAAGGAAAGAUUUUUUCAUCAUUUGUAUAUUUGGAAACAUAUUUGUUAUAUAGAAGCUUGAUGAAUGGUCAUAAAUAUACAUUUAUAUAUGUGCAGUUUAUUAGCAUCUCCACCCCUAACUGAUGUCGAGUUCAUUAAACUGCAGUCCUUAGUCCAGGCUCUACCAGGUGAAAUGCUUGUAGAAGACAGAAAUUGCAUUCCAUUCCAACCUGGUCUCAUCCAUGAAAUUAUUGCUGCAAUUUCAGAUAAAUCAAAGAAAACUAUAACAAAGUAAUUUUACGUUGUGGUAAUUAAGAUUUACGCAUUGUAUUGGGUAAUGCUGGUUUAUUCUAAGGGGUAGUUGCUUUUGUAUCAAAGAAAAUGUAUGCAAAUGUUGCGUUGCUGAAGGUAUUUUACCCAGCUUGUUAGAGACGAUCUGAUAUGCCUCUGUGUAGUUUUGUAUCAAGAACUAUCAUGACCUCUGUCUUUUUGGAGAGUUUUAUGAAGAUCUUAAUGUCAUCAGGUGUGUAGAUAACAUUCGCUUUAAUACAGGUAUUUGUCUGCAUUAUCCUGUCAAAUAAGCUGACAAAAGUUUUGUUAAACCCACGACAUCACCAACAUCAGUCUUGUGUAAUUCCCCACCUUAUCAGAACUACGCGAUAUCUUGUGCAGAUCUCACAGUUAGCUGGUAGUUUUCUAAAACUUGUCGACUUGUCAGUUUUACUAGACUAGAAUUUUAUGAAACCCACCAUUUCUUCAAAGUUGCUGACUAGCAACAUCUACAGACAUGAUUUUUGGCUGAUGAGUAUUGAGCCUUUUUUACAUAAAAUGUAAUUGAUUAACAUGGCUGAAAAAGUCUGCAAAUAACUCACUUUCAUGAAAUCAGCUGAACGAUUUGUUUAAAAACUAGCAAUUUCAGCGGAAAAGUUGACACCUCAAUUGAAAUUCCAAAUUCAUAAGUUUUGUUUUUAGAUGAUAUAACGUUAUGUUGUCAAUAGUACAUUAUAUAUCUGUUACUACUCUGAUUUAUUCAACACAACAAUCUUCGAAAAAGAAAAGUUUUUAGCGGAGUUGUAGCUGAAAGGUUUUGUAAGAUAAUUUUGCGCUGUCAGAACUGUCGAAAACGGCUGAUGACAUAUUUGUUCGCCAAGACAGUAAUCUGUUCGCAUUUGCUAAGUUCUGCCAACCUUGUACUGUAUUACCAGUCUUUCCUUCUGCUAACUUUCAUAGAAAUAAUAUCUAAAGCUACUCAGCUGGGAAUACCUUGGAGCAAAGUUUAUUGCACAGAGCCUGUAAGUUUAUAUUCCUAUCACAUCAGCACACUGAAGGAAUUUGUCAGCAUAGUUAGACUCGAGUCUAAGGAGACCACGAAAUGUUCAGGUAUAUUCUUGUGUCGCAAACGUUGUUGUAGUACUGUAUUGAGAUUGCCACAUCUUUGGUGUUCACAAAUGCAAACUAAUGACACGCAUCUCAGGCCACAACACUCUCAAUGCAUAUUUGUUUGAAGGUUUCGUGUUAAGAAUGGUACACAAUCGAUGUUAUUGUCUUAUCCGAGGUAGCUUUGUAACGAAAGGAAAAGCAUCGAGUAGAGGGAUAGACCACAUUUCAGCGUAACAACCAACGCUUGGUGUUGUAGUAGAUGUGCACGAUUAAAAUAGUUCUAUUUUUGUAAUAGAUGGUUUACGUGGAACCGCUGAGUUUGAUAUUGUACAACAUAUCUCUGUGUUAAUCUUACAGGUUUAGCAGAAUGUCGUAUAGUUAAGGAUGUUUAAGUAUCUGAAUGGGCGUUUAUUUGUAGACCAACACAAUACUCUUCUCUCAGUUUGUUCUUUGACAUUCUCUGGUUUUCACAUCCGUUGUGAAAACUUUCUCUCGUGUGUUAUCUAACCGAGGCUGCUUGAACAAAGGUAUCGUAAACAUAUAAGUUGAUUGUAAAUCACCAAGAUCGGGCUUAUAGCCCUAACUAACAAUCGCCAAUCUAUUCCUCAAAGGGAUUGUCGUAUCUUGUUAAAGUAACAAUCACCUUACGGUCGUUUGUAAAGUCAGUUGUAGGAUUUACAAUCGAUUGUGGACACGAUCCCUGUGUGUAAAUGACCCAAGAUUGUGAUUAGGCACGCAUUGUGUGCUAGAGUGUUGUGAGCGCUGUAUUUGUCUUUGGUAAACAUGACUUACUUACAUUGUGAUUGAUCUUAGCUAAACUACAAAAUCUGUCUGACGUAAUGCUUUACCUCUCAUGCACUAGGAUGACGCAAGUCGUAUUGUUUUGUGUUCAGUUUUAGGGAGUGGAAAUGGAACUUUUCGUUGUGCAGUAUUUCCAGCAUACAUAUAUGUUGGGGAAUUAGUAAUUGGCAGUGAUAUAUUCUAGUUGUUUGCCUGGUUGUAUGAACACUUUUUCCAUGUUCCAGAGCACAUCCACAUUUCACCGAUUAGCCUUCAAGAGUGUUAUAGACAGGUCUGUCCCUCCGUUUAAAUUGUCAUCUACACUUUGUAAGUAGGCGCCACUAAACACAUUUUAAUUGGGAUGCUAUCCUAGAUAUAAGACUAUGGCUGCGAACAUCUUGGGAAUAACUGGCUUUUUAGCUUAAUGUUUGCAUCCCAAUUUACUAUAGCACGCUGUUCCCAGUGCACUCGUUUAAUCCGUCCAGAUCCUUAUUUGUCGCCUGUCAAUCUCGUCUGUCUGUGAUUGACAGAUUUGUAAGUAUCUCUUUUUUUCAGCAAGUCAUGUGUAUUUCUUAUUUAUUCAUCAUGUGUAAUAAAUUAUUGUAUGACA